AUGGAUGUGAAGAAAAUUGUGGUUGUGGUAGAAGAUGUAGAUGCAGCUAGAACUGCUCUACAAUGGGCUCUUCAAAAUAUCAUACGCUAUGGUGACAUCAUCACCCUUCUCCAUGUCUACCAUUCCACAAGAUCAAGAAGCAGAAACAAAGCUCGUCUUCUUCGCCUCAAUGGCUUUAAGUUAGCUCUUUCCUUUCAAGACAUCUGCAACAACUACCCCAACGCAAAGGUUGAGAUUAUUGUCACGGAAGGGGACCAAGAAGGAACCAAGAUUGCUGCUACGGUGCGAGAGAUUGGAGCUUCAGUGCUUGUGGUUGGACUUCACGAUCAUAGUUUUCUUUACAAAUUCGCAAUGGCCCAUUCCCAUAACAGCAUAGCCAGCAACUUCAACUGCAGAGUACUGGCGAUCAAGCAGCCUCAUGUGUCAACACCUAGGCCCAUGAUAUCUGCAUUAGCUGUACUUGACAGUUCAACCAACAUGGACUUUUCACAGAUUGAUAUUUCUAGAUUAGAAGUCUUUCCUACCCCUCCAACAAAAAUUCCAUACCGAAUCUGCCCAAACCCGUCAGCAAUUAUUUGGAGAUCAAGGAGGACAAGGACAAGGAGAAGGUGAAGGACACAAUUUCGUUCAGAAAAUCUUCUUUUAAUUGAAGUGGUCCCAAAAGUAAUUUGGGCCUUUUUUUUUUUUUUUUUUUUUUUUUGCCCUUUCCAAUUUCCUACAAUUUAUGUUCACC